AGAGGAAGGCGCAGUGAAGGGGUCUGGGUCUGGCCAGGAGAGACGGGAAGAGAGGCGCUGGAGUUGGCUCUUCCCGCUCCCCCGCCCCGGGGCGCGGGGCAGGGGGAGACAUGCUGAGCCCGCGCCCAGGCGACGGCCACGGCGGCUGCAGCCUCAGCAGCAGCUUGAGCAUCAGCACCGGCGGGACAGCGACAGCGGGGGCGGCGCAGGCGCAUUGUGCCCCGCGGAGCCUGCAGUUCCCGAGCCCCGUGUGCGGCACCGCCACAGUCUGGGCAGCGGCGGCCGGGGGAGCGCUACUACCAUGAACUGCCUGGUCCUCCUCCCCAGAGCUGCUCAUCCGGGUCGGGCUGGAGACACAGUCUGGGGACCCCGCCGCCGCCGCCGCGCCCCCUCUUCUUUCGGCUCCAUCUUCUCUUCCACCUUUUCCUCCUCUUCCUCUACCUUCUCUUCCUGCAUCCCCCCCUCCCCCGCCGCGGAUCCUGGCCGCCGCUCUCCAGACCCAGGAUGCCGGGGGGCAAGAGAGGGCUGGUGGCACCGCAGAACACAUUUUUGGAGAACAUCGUCAGACGCUCCAGUGAAUCGAGUUUCUUACUGGGAAAUGCCCAGAUUGUGGAUUGGCCUGUAGUUUAUAGUAAUGACGGUUUUUGCAAACUCUCUGGGUAUCAUCGAGCUGACGUUAUGCAGAAAAGCAGCACUUGCAGUUUUAUGUACGGGGAAUUGACUGACAAGAAGACCAUUGAGAAAGUCAGGCAAACUUUUGACAACUACGAGUCAAACUGCUUUGAAGUUCUUCUGUACAAGAAAAACAGAACUCCUGUUUGGUUUUAUAUGCAAAUUGCACCAAUAAGAAAUGAACAUGAAAAGGUGGUCUUGUUCCUAUGCACUUUCAAGGAUAUUACAUUGUUCAAACAGCCAAUAGAGGAUGAUUCAACAAAAGGUUGGACCAAAUUUGCCCGGUUGACACGGGCUUUGACAAAUAGCCGAAGUGUUUUGCAGCAGCUCACGCCAAUGAAUAAAACAGAGGUGGUCCACAAGCAUUCAAGAUUAGCUGAAGUUCUUCAGCUGGGAUCAGAUAUCCUUCCUCAGUAUAAGCAAGAGGCACCAAAGACGCCACCACACAUUAUUUUACACUACUGUGCUUUUAAAACUACUUGGGAUUGGGUGAUUUUAAUUCUUACCUUUUACACCGCCAUUAUGGUUCCUUAUAAUGUUUCCUUCAAAACGAAGCAGAACAACAUAGCCUGGUUGGUGCUGGACAGUGUGGUGGACGUUAUUUUUCUGGUUGAUAUUGUUUUAAAUUUUCACACGACCUUUGUGGGACCUGGCGGAGAGGUCAUUUCUGACCCCAAGUUGAUAAGGAUGAACUACUUAAAAACUUGGUUUGUGAUCGAUCUGUUGUCUUGUUUACCUUAUGACAUCAUCAAUGCCUUUGAAAACGUGGAUGAGGGAAUCAGCAGUCUCUUCAGUUCUUUAAAAGUGGUGCGUCUCUUGCGACUGGGCCGGGUUGCUAGAAAAUUGGACCAUUACCUGGAGUACGGAGCAGCAGUCCUCGUGCUCCUGGUAUGUGUGUUUGGACUAGUUGCCCACUGGCUGGCCUGCAUAUGGUACAGCAUUGGGGACUACGAGGUCAUCGAUGAGGCCACGAACACCAUCCAAAUAGACAGUUGGCUCUACCAGCUGGCCUUGAGCAUUGGGACUCCAUAUCGAUACAAUAGCAGCGCAGGGAUAUGGGAAGGAGGACCCAGCAAGGAUUCACUGUACGUGUCCUCUCUCUACUUUACCAUGACAAGCCUUACAACCAUAGGAUUUGGAAACAUAGCUCCUACCACAGAUGUGGAGAAGAUGUUUUCGGUGGCCAUGAUGAUGGUUGGCUCUCUUCUUUAUGCAACUAUUUUUGGAAAUGUUACCACAAUUUUCCAGCAAAUGUAUGCCAACACCAACCGAUACCAUGAGAUGCUGAAUAAUGUACGGGACUUUCUGAAACUUUAUCAGGUCCCCAAAGGCCUUAGUGAACGAGUCAUGGAUUAUAUUGUCUCAACCUGGUCCAUGUCAAAAGGCAUCGACACAGAGAAGGUUCUCUCCAUCUGCCCGAAGGACAUGAGAGCUGAUAUCUGUGUUCACCUAAACCGCAAGGUGUUCAAUGAACACCCUGCCUUUCGGUUGGCCAGCGAUGGGUGCCUGCGCGCCUUGGCUGUGGAAUUCCAGACGAUUCACUGCGCGCCCGGGGACCUCAUCUACCACGCCGGGGAAAGCGUGGAUGCCCUCUGCUUUGUGGUCUCAGGCUCCCUGGAAGUCAUCCAGGAUGAUGAGGUGGUGGCUAUUUUAGGGAAAGGUGAUGUAUUUGGAGACAUCUUCUGGAAGGAAACCACCCUCGCUCACGCGUGUGCCAAUGUCCGGGCACUGACAUACUGUGACCUUCACAUCAUCAAGCGAGAAGCCUUGCUCAAAGUCCUGGAUUUUUACACGGCGUUUGCAAACUCAUUCUCAAGGAAUCUCACUCUUACUUGCAAUCUAAGGAAACGGAUCAUUUUCCGUAAAAUCAGCGAUGUGAAGAAGGAGGAGGAGGAGCGCCUCAGGCAGAAGAAUGAAGUCACGCUCAGCAUCCCCGUGGAUCACCCGGUCAGAAAGCUCUUCCAGAAGUUCAAGCAGCAGAAGGAGCUGCGGAAUCAGGGCUCCUCGCAGAGCGACCCCGAGCGGAACCAGCUCCAGGUAGAGAGCCGCUCCUUACAGAAUGGAGCCUCCAUCACAGGCACCAGUGUGGUCACAGUGUCACAGAUCACACCCAUUCAGACAUCUCUGGCCUUCGUGAGAACAAGCGAGUCCCUCAAGCAGAACAACCGUGAUGCCAUGGAGCUCAAGCCCAAUGGCGGUGCUGACCCCAAAUGUCUCAAAGUCAACAGCCCCAUAAGAAUGAAGAACGGGAAUGGGAAAGGGUGGCUGCGACUCAAGAAUCACAUGGGAGCCCAUGAGGAGAAAAAGGAAGACUGGAAUAAUGUCACUAAAGCCGAGUCUAUGGGGCUGUUGUCAGAGGACCCCAAGGGCAGCGACUCAGAGAACAGUGUGACCAAAAAUCCAUUAAGGAAGACAGAUUCUUGUGACAGUGGGAUUACAAAAAGUGACCUUCGUUUGGAUAAGGCUGGUGAGGUGCGAAGUCCGCUGGAGCACAGCCCCAUUCAGGCUGAUGCCAAGCACCCCUUUUAUCCCAUCCCCGAGCAAGCCUUACAGACCACACUGCAGGAAGUCAAACACGAACUCAAGGAGGACAUUCAACUGCUAAGUUGCAGAAUGACUGCCCUGGAGAAGCAGGUGGCAGAAAUUUUAAAAAUACUCUCAGAAAAAAGUGCACCCCAGACCUCUUCUCCGGAAUCCCAAACGCCACUCCAAGUACCUCCCCAAAUACCAUGUCAGGAUAUUUUUAGUGUUUCCAGGCCUGAGUCACCUGAAUCUGAUAAAGGUGAAAUCCACUUUUAAUAUAUAUUAUACAUAUAUAUUUGUUAAUAUCUUAAAGACAGUAUAUACAUCUAUAUACAGAAUGUGUAUAUACAGUAUAUACAUAUAUAUUUUCACUUGCUUUCAAUAUGAUGAACACAAUAUGGAUUUUGAUAUGUAAAUAUUGCAUGUCCAGCUGGAUUCUGGCCUGCCAAAGAUGAUUAUUAAAAACAUAGAUAUUGCUUGUACAUUAUGCAGUUGACUGCAUGCACACUUUACUUUUAUUUAUAAUCUCUAUUCUGUAAUUUAAAAAAGUAUGAUUUUUGUUAACUGAGGCAAUGUAAUAUUUGAAGAAUCAGGGUCCAACCUGCCAGUGUUGCCAUGACAAAUUUGAUCUCAGGCUGAGUAGACUGCACUGUCAUUUCCUCACUGUUCUGUUGAGUUAAAAUUAUAGAUUAAUGCCAAGGAAGAGUUCAACUUUGUAAACUAUUAGAACCAUUUCAUGAUCUCUUUCCUUAGGUUAUUUUUCUGUAACUGAGUGUUAGGUUAUUUUUCCCCAAGAGGCAAUGUUUUCUCCAUUUAAAGGACUGUUUUGUUGCCUGAGUCAGAUAGCAGUGUGGGGUAUUGAAAAUUUAUUGCUAUGGGUUUUGUGCAUGAAUUGCAUUUUUGCUCAACUAUACCUCUUCUUUUUCAACAUUAUACUUAGAUAGUAAUCAUUAACUUCUGUGUAAGGAAAUCCCUAUCCCCUCCGUCUUGGAAGCUGAUUUUAUCAACCCCAUAAACACAAAACUCUUAAUAUAGUGUAUAUUAUUAUAGAAAUACUGCACCACAGGGUACAAGGGCCUUUUAACCAUUCCUGUUAGAGAUGCUGAUCUUCUGAAGGUGAUGGAUGUUCUAAAGUUGUGUUUCUAAAACUUGUUCAAGGGUGAAGUUAAAAGGCUCUUCACAAAGAAAGAAACAAACAAAAAACAUUUAAGUAAUUAUAUCAAAGUUUUACCUAUAAUGACUUAAAUAAAAAAGAAUGUAAAACAGACAAGUUUUGUAGCUUAUCUAUCACUUAGGAGGGAUGAGACACAGGUAUGGAAUUGCUCACACAUGAUUCUGUGUGUAGCAAUAACACAUGAAAUGUGGUUAAAAAACCCAGAAACAAUUAAGAAGUAGAUGUUAAAUUGCUCAACUCAGAUAACUGCUUUUCUAUAAUUUUAUUCUGGUUACAGUUUUCUACAGCUUUUUUGCACACAGUUCUACUGCUGGACUUCUGCUGAGUUCAUAGACUCCUGUGGCUCACGCAGACCACUUAGGAAAGGGGGGUACUAGAGACUGAAUUUCAGAGUCUUUUGGGUCACAAAUCCUCUUAGAAAGUGCCUAUUAUCAACUUAAAAAAGUCACAAAGAGUUAUGUAUAGCUAAUCCUUUAAAUGAUAUGUAUUGGGAAUCAAAUACACAUUCAUUCCUAAGAACACAGAAGAACUUAUUCCUCUUGACUAAAGGGUAUUUUGUAAAGUUGGUUGGAGAGACAUACUUUUGAAUUGGUGCAUGCUUGACAUUUACCAGUGGGAGCAGGGCAGUCAACAUUUUCAUCAAGUUGAGAAUAUAUACCAAUUGAAUUUGUACAUUAUCGGACCAUCUGUCCCCAAGGUGAUAGCAAAAUCAAAGGAGAUAUUUUGAUCAAUUGUACCCAUUUUUAUGAGCUUUUCUACCUAUCUCACUACAUCCACAAACAAAACCACCAGAAACAAAACUUACCACAGUUAGACUGGAGAAGUGCAAAACAAAGUCAUUUAUUAAAAAGCUGACAUUUUAGAAUUUGUAGUAGAACUUCUUCACAUGCCCACAAGAUGUGCCUCUUUCAUUCAGGAGUCUCCGAACAGAUGUUCUGGGCCACGGGUUCCAUUUUCUUCCCUUUGUGCCCAUAGCUUCCAUGACACAUAAUGGAAGUUGUCAGGGGACGAUGUCUCCAUGCUAUGCUACAAUAUCUACCUACCAUAGGCGCAUAAAAAUGAGGUAAUCGUGGUAUAAAACAGGGGUGGGGAAACAUCUGGCUCAUGGGCUGUAUAAGGCCCACAGCAUCAUCUGGUCUGGCCCUGCCAAGGUAUUAGGGGUGAGUUACUUAAAUGUUUGACCAAACAUAGCAGGCUAAUUUUUAAGUUGAUAAAUUUGUAUGGCCCAUGAAUGAUGUUAUAAAUAUUUAAGUGGCCUUUGGCAGAAAAAAAAAAGGUUCCCCACCCCUGGUGUGAGGUAUUAGUCUUGAAAUUGGGAUUUCAGGGUGAGGAGGGUACCUUUUUCUUGACCUCUGACAUUUAUUGAAUUUCAGGGUACUUUUCUAUUUAACUAAGUAUGAGACAAGUUUGGCUAAGCUUUUUAAAGGUGGAUGAGUGGUAAAAAUAAUCUGAGUACAGAAAGUGGUCAGUUUAACUUUAGCCAUGUGCUUCAACAAAAACAGUUGCUGUAAAGCUGUAAGAGAAUGACUGUGAAACAGACGGCCAGUGUAAAGCUGCAAUCCAUGCCUUUGCAUAUUAGUGGUACAUAUACUAGUACUUGCUGUGUUCUGGCAUUGACUCAGAGUUUCAUCAAAUUGACCUAUAAUAUUAUUGUUCACAUAUACGGGAAAGAAACGUAUGGUUUUUGAGCUACUACAAGUGUCACAAAGGAGAGAAAUGUAUCAAUUGUUUAUUUCUGGUACAGUUAUGACUGUAUUUUUUUUAUAGCCACCUCUGUUCCAGUUUGCAUGAUAUGGUGAGCUGCUGAAUGCACUCUGCUGUUUCAGCAGGAAUGCAUGUGUUCAGCAAACACUGUACAUAGAGUAGUCUUUUAGGUUCCCGCAUUCCUUAGUUCUUACCAGUUGAACUUACUCAGAUUUGAAUGAAGGGUGAGCACCUGCUUGAAUAUGUGCAAUAAUGAUACAAUCAUGUUCUGUGUUGCCUCAACCAGCAUAGACUGUAGAUUCCCUUUGGGGGGACCAGAUGACUGCAUGUUUUAUUCUUACACUGUAUAGAUGCUCUUGGUGCAUCCAGAAUAAAAUUUUUACUAUGAUAUUUCUGAACAAUGCACUAAUAGGAAUAAAUAGAAAUGUAUUUAAAAUCUAAACAUUUUCCAAAGCAACUUACACACCUUCAUUAUUUUUCUAUGAUAAUAUAUAAGAUCAGAUGCUGUACCCUGGACAGGUGGGUGUAACACAAUAGUGAAAGUCAAAUAAAGAAGGAAAUGUGAACUGUGCAUCAUAAUGGCAAGUUUUGUCUGUUUUAGGAUAUUAUUGCACUAAAUGUGAUCUGGUAGAUAGAGGAGCUUAUAAUAAAAGACAAAUAGGCACACGAAAGGCAGAUGACAAAGUUGAGAGUGUCCCAUGUUGACAUAAGUAGAACUUAGGAUGGUUUUGGCAUAGAUGUUGAGUAGAGAUGCAUACUUCAUUGUUAAAAUGGAAACCUUUUAUUAUGGACACUGGUUUCAUCUCACAUUAAAUAUAGAAAUAUAAAUGUCCCAAGAAUUUCAUCAAAAAAUUUAUGUAGAUCAGAGAAUUAGAAAAUUUGGGGUUUUAAAUUGCUCCUGGAGUACCCAGCACUUUAAUAGGAAUAUGAAUUAUGACCACUAACUAAAGUGCCAUUUUGAAAUUUAAUCUUAUUGGAGCCUAAAUGCCAAUCACAGCUUCUCUUAAAUUUAAGAAGAUUUUGUUCACUUGUGAGAUCUGGCCCGUAUGUUGUUCUAUUUUAAAUAAAUAAAUUCUUUCAGAAAACAUUUUGUUUUAAUUAGUCUUUAGAGCAAUGACUGUUUUUGAAGUGUGCACUGGCUGGUACUGGUGAAAUUAUUUGUCAUUCUUAAUGAAUUGUACUAUCUUGUAUAAUUUUUAUCUUAUAAGCUAUUUUAUCAAUCUCUUUUCCAAAAUUUUAUGUAGCUAAUGAGAACUUUUCUCUAGGAUGUACAUAAUACAGGGACAACUUUAAAAUAUGAAUAUUUUUAAUGAUGUGAAUGUUGUUUUAAUACUUUGUUAUGUGUAAGAGUAUUUCUCUUGUGGUCUUGAUGGAAAGGGAUAAAGGAAAGUUCAGUCUUUUGGAAAACAAUCUGUCUAUGGUUCUGAAUCUAGCUUUGCCAUAAAUGCAGUGUAUCUUUGGGGAAGAUACUGUUGUUUUUAUUUUGUUUUUGAUAUGUUCUGGGCUUCAAUUUCCCCACCAAUAAAUAAUAAAACAAAGAGCUGCUCCCUUCUUAUAUCAAGACAAUGUUAAGUGAUGAAAGUCAUCUUUCUCUCAAAUGAAAAUCACAUUAAGACAAAUGAUCAUUUUUAAUUUUUUUUCAUAGAUCAGCCAAGAUAUGCUUUCCAAAUAUUCUAGGUUUUAGAGGAGACUUCUUUGGUCAGAAGGUGGUAGGGAAAGCAUGGGGGGCUAAAUAAUCAUUAGUAAGAGGCAUGUGAGCGAAAAACUUGAAAAUUACCUGGGUAUUUGGAACUCCUAAUCAAAUAAACAUACAAAGAAAAAAAGUCCUUUGAGGGAAGAGAGAAAAAUAUAUAUGUAAAUACGACUUUUUUCUUACUCUACUGAGUCAUAGUGCUCAGCAGAAAUUUUCAAUUUUGUGAAAAAAGUAAAUAAAUUGGUGAAUAUUUAAAGUAUAGGGCACUUCAACUUUUUUGCAUAAAAAUAAUCAUGACUUGCUCAAGAUAUACUGUUUCACAACAGCAGUUGUUCUUAUAACAAAAUUCUUAAUAUUUAAAGAAUUCUUUCCAAUAACCAGUUUUCCAGUGUGUACCUUCAAUUGAAGAAAGUUAAGAAAAAGGUUAAAAACAAACAAACACACAUUUAAAUUACAUUUUAAAACCACCCAUGUUAUUGUGUCCUUAGUGAGAGGGUUUGGAUUUUAAAAAUCAUAAUAUAUAAUUAGUAAUAUUGGUAACUCAAGGAAGCCACUUUUAGCAUGUGAACAUUUUAUUUUUAUUUUUAAUAUGUUUUUUUAUUGAUUUCAGAGAGAGGAAGGGAGAGGGAGAGAGAGAUAGAGACAUCAAUGAUGAGAGAGAAUCAUCAUUGCAUGCCCCCUACUGGAAAUCCAGCCCACAACCUGGGCAUGUGCCCCGACUGGGAAUUGAACCUGACCUCCUUUCGUGGGUUGGACACUCAACCACUGAGCCACACUAGCCAGGCAAGAUUUUAUUUUUUUAAAUGAGAUUUGUUUUGUUAAUUUUUGCUCAUCCUACAAAGAGUCUUGUAUAUUAAGGGAUACACUCAAAGCUGUAGUCCCUUAAUUUGCCAUGACCCUUUGGGUAAGGAAAGAAGAGCACAUAGAAACAAAGGAGAAAAUUUUAUGCACUUGAGGAGAUAUUUAGUUCUGUAAUCUUUCCACCAAGUCAGAAUUUAAAAACUGUUAUACAAUUAGGAGUUAGAUGUUAUUUUGAAAGCAAACACCAUUUCUCAAGUUAAAGAAGGAUUAGUUAUAAAUGCCUGAUAUAUUUGAGAAUAUUAAAGGAGAGUUAAAGGGGAUUGGUCAUUAUUGACCGUUACUUUUUACUAUCCAUUGUAAUCCUUUUGAUUUAUUUGCAAAAUGCUCAGUGACAUUUAUAUUUGUAUCCACUGUGAUAGGUCUAUGGCAUUCCAACUCACAGUUGCAUUACAUAUGUAUUCUACACAUAUGUAAAUAAAUAUUUUCAAUCAA